UUUGAAGUAUCUCCAAAGACUUUGACAGAAUACAUAAAUAAAAACGUUCUUUCUGGUCUUGGAUUUGACCCACCCCCAACAAUUCAUGUUAAUAUGACAUGUAAUUACUUAAAAGCAUUUGGUUACAAAUAUUUUUGUGCAAAAAAGGGAAUGUGUAUUGAUGAUCAUGAACAAAAAGAUGUUGUAACAUACUGGAUGGUAUUUUUACGUAAAAUGUUAGAGUUAGAAAAGUUGAUGCCAGUGUUUGAUGGUGAGAACAUGGAGAUAGAAACAUGGCCAGAGCUACUUCCUGGAGAAAAGCC